AUGGUGAAACAAUUCAAGAUCAUUGUGGAGCCUCCUCGUUCACCCAGGGGCUACCUCACAGGGACUACCAUGUCCGGACACCUACUGGUCGAGACCCAAGAGCAAAAGAACUACAAACACAUCGACGUGUCGUUUGUCGGAGUUGGCCUGGUGGAACAGAGUGGUCCCAGCGGCACAGCUAGUAGGGGGAAAGAAGAGUACGUUCGUAAGACGGUGACAGUUUGGCAAGGCGACGAAGGAACGGUACUAUCUGCCGGAGUUAGAAAGUUUCCUUUCUCGUUUACCAUCCCCGAGACUUGCCCGCCGUCUCUAGAGCUAGGGAGCUGGUUCAAGGAUGGGUACACGGCCAAGAUAAAGUACUUGCUGGUGGGACAUAUAGCCGCAAGGGGGGUGCUGAAGCAAAACCACACCACCGAGACAAUGGUGACUGUUGUGCAGGAGCUUCAAGCCGAGAGCAAACCAGUGAGGCACACGACACGGAGCCAGCAAGGUCUCCUGAGCUUUGCCUCCAAGAGAUCUGAGGUUCUCACUGCCGAGUUGCCACGCUCGACGUUUGCAGUGGGAGAGAGGAUCCCUAUCAGGGUCCAGCUGGAGAAUUGCAGGAGGAUUCGGACAAUUGACACUGAGACUGUUUUGGAGAAAACAGUCGCUUUAAAAACGGGUGGAACCGUCUUCGAGAAACCGUCCCUGACUGUUGUAAAGGCUGUGAGUGCCAUAUCGGCAGGCACAUGGAGUUUAGAGGUUCCUGCCGUGCCCAGGAAGCAGGUGACAGUCCAGGCAACAGCUCUGAGUGUGACCUAUGAAGUGAAGGAAAGGCGGUGGUACAGAUCGACGAAGGGGAAGAGCUAUAGACUUAUCGAAGUAGCGCUAUCGGGCUCUGGAAAGGUGAAGUGGACGGAGGGAUACGGGGAAGAGAGCGAGACGCACAGAUCCACGGACGAUUACGUGAACCAGAGUGUCACUCUAUGGGGGGAAGAGCUUAAGAAUGAACUCGGCAAUGGCACGCUUCUGGCUGGGCGGCACGAGUUCCCGUUCGCGUUCUCAAUCCCCGGGUCUUGUCCACCAUCGUGGGAGGCGGGGCUGGGGGCGUCGAGUGGCGCGGACGCCUGGGUUCGCUACGUCCUUACCGGACGGAUAACCACGCGAGGGGCACUAAAGGCGGACCACACUACCGAACAGCGGGUAAGAAUCGCGAGAGAGGUUAGAGUGGCACCCACAGCCUCUGAACCAGUGCGGCACGAGGUUCAGGGUUCCGAAUGUUGCCUCUGCUGCGUAUCGGGGCCCGUAGUGUUAGCCGCCGAGCUACCUAGCUCCAGUUUCACGGUGGGAGAGAGAGUACAACUCAGCACGGAGGUGGAGAACGGGAGCUCACGUGAUCUCAUACCCGAAGCGGUCCUGGUCAAGCUAGUGAAGCUGAAAGCAGGUGGGAACGUAAAGAAAGUGACAGAGACAGUCGUGAAAGAGACUGGCAACCUCAUCAGAGGAGGUUCAACGGUCGGUUGGUGUCCAGAGAUGCCAGGACUGCCAGACAGCGGACAUGCUACCAUGGAAACACCAGGAGGAAUGAUCGCAGUGGCCUAUGAAGUCAGGGUUCGUGUGGGUCUUUGGUUGGGGCAGAGACUCGAAGUCAUUUUUCCUGUCCUCAUUGGUACCACACGACCUCCAUAG